GUUCAACAUCAGAUUUUGCUUGGACAAAAACAAGCCCGUGCCGGCCAGAUCAGACCAAGAAAUGGACCACACAUGAUACCAUUUCUACAAUUCUACUACAGAGAGUACACAGAAUUGUCUAUUGACACUUGCACAAACGGACGUUUGUCAUCGCAGCGUUGAUCUAGACCACAUAGUAGCCAAGCAUCAGCGUAGAGAGAGGAGAUGGCGGCGUUAGCGGCGGCGGGCGGCGGCGGCGAGAGGUGGAGCCUCGCCGGCGCGACGGCGCUGGUCACCGGCGGGAGCAAGGGGAUCGGGCACGCCAUCGUGGAGGAGCUGGCGCGGCUCGGCGCGCGCGUGCACACGUGCUCCCGCAACGCGGCGGAGCUGGAGGAGUGCCGCCGCCGGUGGGCCGACAAGGGCCUGCAGGUCACCGUCUCCGUCUGCGACGUCGCCGUGCGCGCCAACAGGGCGAAGCUCAUGGGCACGGUCGGGGACACCUUCGCCGGCAAGCUCGAUAUCCUAGUGAACAACGCGGCACAGGUGGUGGCCAAGCCGGCGGUGGAGUGCACGGCGGAGGACUACUCCGGCCUCAUGGCGACCAACCUGGAGUCGUGCUUCCACCUCAGCCAGCUCGCGCACCCUCUCCUCCGGAACUCCGCCAUCGCCGGCGGGGGAAGCAUCGUGCACAUCUCCUCCAUCGCUAGCUAUCUGGGCUAUCCGGGUGCCGUGCUCUACAGCAUGUCCAAAGGAGGAAUGAACCAGCUAACAAGAAGCCUGGCUGCCGAGUGGGCCCGCGACAGCAUUCGUGUGAACUGCAUCGCACCAGGCCUGGUCAUGACUGACAUGAUGACGAAAGCGGUUGGUAUACAAGACCUGGGAGUCGUGGAGCAAGAAUUUUUACCGAAAAUUCCAUUGCGCCGGACGGGGGAGCCGGCGGAGAUCGCAUCCGUGGUGGCGUUCUUGUGUAUGCCGGCGGCCUCCUACGUCUCCGGCCAGGUCAUCUGCGUCGACGGCGGCAGAACCAUAGCCGCUUGAGCUGUUCACCAUGGGAGUGACAUGUGGGCCCACCUAACUCAGGAUGAUGCGGUUUGGAUGAUGAUUUGUCCAAAAGAAAGAUUGAUCUUUCCUUCCUGUAAAAGUUGUGUCUAAAUGAGCACCUUUUUUUUUUUUUUUUUGCCAAAAGACAUGCUGCUCUCCAUGUCCAUGCAGCAUCAGUAUGAAAGGUAUUUGGAUGCUGUUUGUUCAGAUUCAGAAGUUGAUAUGGUUCUCCGCUUCCCACGGAAGAUGGUGCCCUGGAAGAAAUGUCAUAGCUGCAUCUGUCCAUCUUGUUUACACACCGCAUGCGAGGGCUCAACAUCUGAAACAUCCUCACUUUCUCUGUUGGCAUGUGUGAUCUCCUGCAGUUCUCGGGCUGAAUCUGUCAAGCUGAAUUCCAUGUCUGUACUGUACAUGGUUGAUUUAGUUUUUCUCAAGAUAAGAAAACUCAGUCGCGCAUUAUUGUGCAAUGGACACACUAAAGGAACCUGCAGAAGUGCAGAACUGAAUGAUGGUUCCAAUAUCAAAAAAA